AUGUCGAUUAUUAAUGUUUCACAAACAUUAGCCUAUCGUUUAAAUCCACAUUUAAGUGAUAUUAAUUUCAAGAAAUCAUGUGAAAAAAUUCUUAAAAAAAGUAAACGUAUUAAACAACGUACACUUAGCAAUAUUCUUGCUCAUGAUAAUCCAGAAAAUUCAUUUAUUGAUGACGGUCAACAUAUAUACAUAUGGUAUUUAGCUAUUGGAAGUAUGAUUAAUCCAAUAUCAUUAUAUUUACGUGAUCUUACACCACUUAUUUCUUAUCCAGUUAAAUGUCCUAAUUAUCGAUUAGUUUUUCGAGAUUCUUGUGGAAUGGCUGAUAUUGAAUUAUGUGAAGGCGAAGCAUUUCAUGGAGUUGUACAUUUAUUACCUAGAAAACAAAUGAUUUGCUUAGAUAAAGUUGAACAUAUGUAUAAACGUGUGACAAUUGAUAUUGUUGAUUAUCAACAACGUUUUCAUCGUGUAUUUGUCUAUAAAAUGAAUUUAAUUGGACAAGAAGAAAGACAUAUAGGUAUACCAUCAGAACGCUAUGUAGAUAUUAUUGUUAAAGGUUGUGAACAUUUUGGCGUUCAUUCUUCAUAUAUUGAUCGUUUAAAAUAUGAACAACCAGUUAUUCCUCGAAAAUUACCUUCAACAUAUGAAACUAUUAAUAAUAUACCGAAUGAUAUUUAUUAUACAGAUGAAGAUCUUUUAAAACAUAAUGGAAAAGAUUCAAUGUUUUCUUUGUGGAUUAGUGUUAAUGGAAAAAUAUUAGAACAUACAGGUUUACCAUCAAAUGAUCAUCCAAAUUAUGAAAAUCAAAAACAAUUCUAUGAAUUUGUUUUAUCACAUCUUGCUGGACGAGAAGUUACUCAUGCAAUAUCAAAAGCAUGGUAUGAACCAAUGUAUAAAUUACCAUUGAAUGAUGAUGAUUUAUGUGAUGAACAUCGUGCUUUAGUUGAAGAUAUGUGUGUUUCUUGGGGUCUUGAUAAUAGUAGAAAAAACAGUGAAUCAUAUUGGAAACCAAUUGGAAGACUUUGUCAAAUAUCCAAAAAAAGCAAACCUUGA